AUGUUGUUAAAGCACCGGGAGAAACUACUCAGUGAGAAAAACAACGAUGGUGGAACACCCCUACUUGUGGCUGGCUCGUGUGGGAAUUUUGAAGUUGUCUGCUUUCUUUGCGACGAAUACGGCGACGCCGACAAAUUGGAAAUAAAUGCCAGGGACAGUGAGGGGGAGACUAUCUUGCACAAGGUCUGUGAUGGAAAUGUUGCCCGGGUGAUCAAAUGGCUCUUGGAGCAAAAUGCAGACGUCGUUGGAAACGACGCCCAAAGAAACCCCCUACACAUGGCUUGCUAUGUGGGACAUGCAAAAUCUGCUAUCACGCUUCUCGAUGGCCUUGCGAGAGAUCAGGCCAUGCAAUUCAUUAACGCGGAAGAUAAAUGGGGUGAUAAGCCCUUGGGUGAUGCCGUGGAUCGAGGACACAAUGAUUUGGCACUUGAGUUGUUGAAACACAGUGCCUAUUUCUCAAGGUCUUCGAUAGAUCCCAUUCCCCCAGAGUUGUAUCUUUCAGGCCCAGAAGAGUCCGAGACCGUGACGAAGGUACUUCGCAACUGGCUGGAGACAACAAAGAAGACUCUCAAGAAUGACAGUGGUGAUACGAGCAAAGCUAACGAGCAUGGAGUUUCUCCAAAAACCGAAAGUCUUCAUGGGUACCUGAAAGCAGCUUGUUAUUGGGCUAUUUCGAAUGGAAAUUUGGAAUUGGUGGAAGCUUGUCUGGCUCUAGCGAAGGAUACCGGCGCUGACUUUAACCUGCCAGAUGGGGAAAAGACAUGGCAUGAUACCUUUUCCGCGGGUUUCUCACAUUCCGAAAGUUGGGUUAAUUCAAAUACCUGGGAACGCUUCCGUGAACCCAACAAUCUUCGACCCCCAGAAAACGUUGGAAAGAUACUACUUCACCUAGCAGUCGAGAAUGCGAAGUUUAAAGUGGUUGAAAAAGUCCUCGCCUGGCCCAAGCUAGAUGCAACCCCUAGUGCUCUUGAUAUGAUCAUCCAACGGAUACCAGAUGGCGAAGGAAAGGACGUCGCUCUGAUCUCACUGGCAGUUUCCGGCAGCACUGAGGAACACUACGACAUUCAUCGACUUUUAUGGAACAAAAUUAAAGACGAGGCAGGUCGUAUGAAAAUCUUUUCUGGGCAUUCUAGACAACUUGAGCACUCUCCAGAAAGCCCCUUCGCUGUUAUUCUUGAGCUAGCAGCUCAGUUUGGAGAAGAAACUACACUGAAAGACUUCCUUCAAACAAUCUGGGGGGCAAAGAUCAACAAUGACAACGCCCUUGGUCUAGCAAUUCGAUUGCAAUAUCCGAGGGUUGUCUAUUGGCUUCUUUCGAAUGGUGGUUAUCUCGAUGACAAAAACAUCCAAAAUGGUCUGGAUAUUCUUGCUAAACUGAAACAAGACCUACGACCAGAGUCCUACGAAAGCAUCAAACGGAUUUUGGAAGCUCCUCCUGAUUUGACAAAGCACGGCCGCAGAAGUGAUGACCACAUGCCCCCAUUGCUUGAACUGCAGGCCAAAGAGGUUGAAAGGAUUCCCAACGCAACUAUUGUGGACUUCACCUCUUCUAAGGAGGGUAAAUAUGUCAUUUCUCGGCUCCAGAGGCGUCCAAUGACCGAGAUCCUUGCCGAUAACGGCAUCCAAAAAGCCAUGAACUCUGGUGUGACGUAUGAUAGCCUGUUUCUCAAGGAAGGGGUGGUGGAACUUCCUAAGGGUACACCGGGUGAGGCCCAACCGAGUGGAAGGAUGCAAAGAGGGAAGGUAAAAGAAUAUUAUUUAUACGUCAAAUUGCACAUGCUGAAAGGUUCCAGGGCCCUUCGAACCCGGCCAGUCAACAAGUUUCAGAAAUGCAGCCAAAGAAGGACCAAAAGGAGAAAGUCUCUCACAAAGAGGAACCGCCGGUCAAGAACUAUGAAAUGA